AUGAGUAAUAUAAGUAUUCACUCAGUAUUUCAUAAUAGAGUGUUGUGUAGACUGAUCUUUGUUCAUGUCAGUGACAUCCAUAGACAAUGGUGCAAGAAUAAUGAGGUUCCGGAUGACGAUAACAUUCAAUUCGAGAGAGCCAUACCUCUGCCUCGUACGAUAAAGGGUUCAAAGUUACAAGCCAAUGGGAAUCUAAUAGAGAUGAUUAGAUUCAAUCAUUCAUCAUUGUUCAUCCAAACAUUCGACAACAACGUUGUGGAUCGACACAAUCUAAACUUCCACUAUCUCUUCUCGAGUGCAGCGCACUACAACAACAUCACAGUGUUCAAACAUCUCAUCAAAUACGUCAACGACAACAACAAUAAGUUCAGUAGUGGCAUAAAGAUGAUACUGGUUCAGGACUCCAAUACACUUCAGGAACUGUGUAGACAUGGCAAUGUUGACAUGCUCCAGGACUUCCUUGCAUUGUCCCCAUACUGUGAGCUGCCUGGCGAAAUCCUGGACCGCCUCCCCGUCGCGGUAGACGCUGGCAACGAACAAUUUGUCAGAUUGUUUCUUAAGCGCUUCAUACCAAUCGAGCGCUCUUACAAACAUCGUGUCAGUGUGGCCAAGUUCAGAUCAAGAUGUGGAGUGUCCAUUGGCAUGCUCAAGAUUCUACAUGAGGAGGCCAAGCUUCUUAAUAAUCAUACGGCACUAUUGAAUCAAGUUCUCUAUCACUCAACAAAGAACAACUCAAUGGACAGUGUACAAUAUAUUAUGGAUAAUAUUAGAGCGCCGUUGAGGUUAGACAGAAGUCUAAACCAGGUCAUCACAAAGUCUCUUGUUCGUUGUGCAAAAGUUGGCAACAUAGCAAUGUUUGAAGCAAUCAUCAACGCGGACAUAUUGUCUCAUUACCCUUUGAGGCAUUUCAUCAAAGAGAUUCUGUAUCCAGCAUUGGACCAUGGUCAAGAGUCAUUCAUCAAACACCUAGUCAUUAACCAUCCAUUCAAAAACCAUUACUUUAAAUCAUGGUUUAAGUGUAUAGAUUCAUCCAACAACAACAAUCAAUCACAAUCAAUCGAGUUCUGCGUUGCCAACCUGGACAAAAUCAAAUUAAGCAUGAUCGUUUCUAUGGCGAUCCGUCUCGAUGAUAAUUCAAGUGCAGAGAAACUACUAUAUUACCAAGAAUUCAAUGGCAAUCUCUUCCGAAAGAUGUCCAAGUCGAUGGCUGAGCUGAUCACAGGUCCCAGACCGCAUGGGAAAAAUCCCUAUGUAUUCGAUGUAUCAUCAAUCUUACACAUGAUCGAGGCCAUCGGACAGUCGAGAAGCACCAUCACCCCAGAUAUGGUCUGUCAGUACAUAGAGAAUUGCUACAUAAUCACCAACAAUGAAUACGAUCAGGAGGACGAGGUGGAUAAGCCUUGUCGGUUGAUGUGGGCCGCUGCGGCACACUCAGCCAAGUUGAUGCAACUUCUCCACACUCGGUACAAACUAGACUACGAUGCAGGUAGUCUAGAGGUAGCCUUGGAAAAGAGAUGUAGAGAGACAAUAUCAUUACUAUUCCAACAAGAUGUUCACAACUAUAACAUUGGCAAUCAACGGAUCAUCAAUGGUCUACAUAGUUUAAUGGCCAAAGGAUCGUUGGAGGAUGUGGUCUACGUCCUGGACCAAUUGACUUGGGUCAGUUAUGAUUGGCCAGAGAUCUUGGUGAGUGCUUUGCUCAAUGAUGACAUCAAGGUGUUUGAAUACACCAUCAAGAUGUUCACAAUUGAUCAACUGGAUGACACACUACUCAGCACUGUGGUCGACUUGGUUCUCCGUCGCGAUUGGCUUCACAUUUUCAAGAUGCUAGUUCAACGAUGUGAUGAUGAAGAAGAUGUGUCGUUUUCCAAUAGAGUAAUGGCAAUAGCACAUUCUUAUAAUCUUAGUAAGCUGGCGCGAAGUAAUUCAUAUCAAUCAUUGGAGUACCUCUUCAACAACUUCCCAACACCAACUACCAUGUCACAACAAUUGUCUAGUUGUCACUCAAUCAUGUAUCACGCAUAUCAGAGUGUAACAACUCGAGUGAUCAAAUUGUGCACUGAUAAGAUAAAUGCUAUCAAUCAAUCAAUCAAU